AGUCUCGGGUCAGUCGCGCCGCGCAGGCGCGGUGGUCCCUUCGGCGGGGGAAUUAUUUGACGCCACCGCCCCUGGCAGUCGGAAGUUGCUUGAACGGAGCCCAGCCGGCCGGCCGAGAGACCGGUCUUCGUCGUCCCCCGGGCGCCCCGUGAGAGUCACCGACGGGUGGACGGACUGACCGCCGGAGGAGGGCCGGCCUGGGCGGUGGCAGCGCGGGCCCGAUGGCGCGGGUCGCGUGAGGCGGCAGGCCGAGUGCGGCCCGCGGUGCGCCCGCCCAGCGAUGCGGGCCCCGCCCGUCGCCUCAGGUGCCGUUUGGAUAGUACUUUAGUGGCACAAUGUACUCUGAGUGGCGGUCACUGCAUUUGGUGAUUCAGAAUGAUCAAGGCCAUACCAGUGUGCUACAUAGCUAUCCAGAGAGUGUUGGGAGAGAGGUGGCGAAUGCAGUGGUCCGUCCUCUUGGGCAGGCAUUAGGUACCUCUUCAGUGGCUGGUAGUGAGAGUUUGUUAAAAACUGACAAAGAAGUAAAAUGGACCAUGGAAGUAAUUUGCUAUGGACUGACCCUUCCAUUGGAUGGAGAGACUGUAAAAUAUUGUGUUGAUGUAUAUACAGAUUGGAUUAUGGCUUUGGUAUUGCCCAAAGAUUCUAUUCCAUUACCAGUUACUAAAGAGCCUAAUCUAUAUGUUCAAAGUAUUUUAAAACACCUACAAAAUCUUUUUGUACCAAGACAGGAACAGGGCUCCAGUCAGAUCCGACUAUGCUUACAGGUUCUGAGAGCCAUUCAGAAACUGGCCCGUGAGUCAUCCAUCAUGGCUCGGGAAACCUGGGAAGUCUUACUGUUGUUUCUUCUGCAAAUUAAUGACAUACUUCUGGCCCCACCAACUGUUCAAGGUGGCAUUGCUGAGAAUCUAGCAGAGAAGCUGAUUGGUGUUCUCUUUGAAGUUUGGUUACUAGCUUGUACCCGGUGCUUCCCAACACCUCCUUAUUGGAAGACAGCCAAGGAGAUGGUGGCUAACUGGAGGCACCACCCUGCAGUGGUGGAGCAGUGGAGCAAGGUCAUCUGUGCACUCACUUCCAGAUUGCUCCGCUUUACAUACGGCCCUUCAUUUCCUCCGUUUAAAGUUCCUGAUGAAGAUGCCAAUCUGAUCCCUCCAGAAAUGGACAAUGAGUGUGUUGCACAAACAUGGUUUCGAUUUUUGCACAUGUUAAGUAAUCCUGUGGAUCUGAGUAACCCAGCCAUUAUAAGCUCAACCCCCAAGUUUCAGGAACAGUUCUUGAGUGUGAGUGGGAUGCCGCAGGAACUGAGCCAGUACCCCUGCCUUAAACAUCUGCCUCAGAUAUUCUUUCGUGCCAUGCGUGGAAUCAGCUGUCUGGUGGAUGCAUUCUUAGGCAUUUCUCGACCAAGAUCAGACAGCGCUCCCCCAACCCCCGUGAAUAGAUUAAGUAUGCCUCAGAGCACUGCUGUGAAUACCACACCACCACAUAACCGCAGGCACCGGGCUGUUACUGUGAACAAGGCCACCAUGAAGACGACUGCGGUUACUACUGUUCACACCUCAAAAGUCCAGCACCAGGCAUCCUCCACUUCUCCUCUGUCAAGUCCGAAUCAGACUAGUUCAGAACCCAGGCCGCUGCCUGCCCCUCGGAGACCAAAAGUUAACAGCAUCUUGAAUCUCUUUGGAUCGUGGUUAUUCGAUGCAGCAUUUGUUCACUGCAAACUCCAUAAUGGAAUAAACAGAGACAGCAGCAUGACUGCAUCUUUUAUCCAAAUUCUUCUUUCUUAUAAAUCUUCCAUUGCAACACAAGCUAGCAUGGAGUUUCGACGAAAAGGGUCCCAAAUGUCCACAGACACCAUGGUUUCCAAUCCUGUGUUUGAUGCAAGUGAAUUUCCUGAUAACUAUGAAGCAGGAAGAGCUGAGGCUUGUGGGACAUUAUGUAGAAUUUUUUGUAGCAAGAAGACUGGAGAAGAGAUUCUGCCAGCUUAUUUAUCCAGAUUUUACAUGCUUUUAAUUCAAGGUUUGCAGAUAAAUGAUUAUGUGUGCCAUCCUGUCUUGGCCAGCGUUAUUCUAAACUCCCCUCCUUUGUUCUGCUGUGACUUGAAAGGGAUUGAUGUUGUGGUUCCUUACUUUAUUUCAGCUCUUGAAACCAUUUUGCCUGACAGAGAACUCUCAAAAUUCAAAAGCUAUGUAAAUCCAACAGAAUUGAGAAGAUCCUCCAUUAAUAUCCUGCUUUCUUUGUUGCCCCUCCCUCAUCAUUUUGGCACAGUCAGAUCUGAGGUGGUCCUAGAAGGAAAGUUUAGUAAUGAUGACAGCUCUUCUUAUGAUAAACCAAUAACUUUUUUGUCCUUGAAGUUGAGACUUGUGAAUAUACUAAUAGGUGCCUUGCAAACAGAAACGGACCCUAACAACACCCAAAUGAUACUAGGAGCAAUGUUAAAUAUUGUUCAGGAUUCUGCACUUUUAGAAGCCAUUGGUUGCCAAAUGGAGAUGGGUGGUGGAGAAAACAACCUGAAGAGUCAUAGUCGCACUAACAGUGGCAUUAGUUCAGCAAGUGGAGGAAGCACAGAACCUACGACGCCUGAUAGUGAGAGACCUGCUCAAGCUCUCCUAAGGGAUUACGGAUCCACAGCUCUUAAUACAGAUUCAGCUGCUGGGCUCCUGAUUCGCAGCAUUCAUCUCGUCACCCAAAGACUCAACUCUCAGUGGCGGCAAGACAUGAGCAUAUCCCUGGCUGCUCUAGAACUCCUCUCUGGCCUGGCAAAGUCCAGGACCCAAACCCAGGGAAUAGUGCCACUCUCCUUUAAGGUGAAGGUGAUGGUUGACUUGGGAGACCGAAAGCGUGCCAUCAGUUCUGUGUGCAGUUAUAUUGUAUACCAGUGCAGUCGGCCAGCUCCUCUUCAUUCCCGGGAUCUGCACUCCAUGAUAGUGGCAGCAUUUCAGUGUCUCUGUGUCUGGCUGACAGAGCACCCUGAUAUGCUGGAUGAAAAGGAUUGCCUUAAGGAAGUACUGGAGAUUGUAGAACUGGGUAUCUCAGGAAGCAAGUCCAAGAACAGUGAGCAAGAGGUCAAGUACAAAGGUGAUAAAGAGCCAAACCCUGCAUCCAUGAGGGUGAAGGAUGCUGCAGAAGCCACUUUAACAUGUAUCAUGCAGUUGCUUGGCGCAUUUCCUUCACCCAGUGGUCCUGCCUCUCCUUGUAGUCUGGUGAAUGAGACCACUCUGAUCAAAUACUCCAGGCUGCCAACCAUAAACAAGCAUAGUUUCCGGUACUUUGUCUUGGAUAACAGUGUCAUCCUGGCAAUGCUGGAGCAACCGCUUGGAAAUGAGCAGAAUGAUUUUUUCCCCUCUGUCACUGUGCUGGUCCGGGGAAUGUCAGGAAGACUUGCUUGGGCUCAGCAGCUUUGCCUUUUACCCAGAGGAGCAAAAGCAAAUCAGAAGCUUUUUGUGCCAGAACCUCGUCCAGUUCCUAAAAAUGAUGUUGGAUUUAAAUAUUCUGUGAAACAUCGACCAUUUCCUGAAGAGGUGGACAAGAUUCCUUUUGUAAAAGCAGAUUUGAGCAUUCCAGAUUUACAUGAAAUUGUCACUGAAGAAUUAGAAGAGAGGCAUGAAAAAUUAAGAAGUGGUAUGGCCCAGCAGAUUGCUUAUGAAAUACACCUGGAACAGCAGAGCGAGGGAGAAUUGCAGAAGAGAAGCUUCCCUGACCCUGUUACGGAUUGUAAGCCUCCACCUCCUGCCCAGGAAUUCCAGACAGCCCGCCUUUUCCUUUCUCACUUUGGAUUUUUGUCCUUAGAGGCAUUAAAGGAACCUGCAAAUAGUCGUCUACCUCCUCACCUCAUUGCACUCGAUUCUACCAUACCUGGGUUUUUUGAUGACAUUGGGUAUCUGGAUCUCUUGCCAUGUCGUCCUUUUGACACAGUUUUUAUUUUCUACAUGAAACCAGGUCAGAAAACAAACCAAGAGAUUUUAAAGAAUGUGGAGUCUUCCAGAAAUGUUCAGCCACAUUUCCUAGAAUUUUUGCUAUCCCUUGGCUGGUCAGUAGAUGUGGGCAGACACCCUGGUUGGACGGGACAUGUGUCCACCAGUUGGUCAAUUAAUAGUUGUGAUGAUGGCGAAGGGUCGGAACAAGAUGAAGUAACUUCCUCUGAAGACGCUGGGGCUAGCAUUUUCAAUGGGCAGAAGAAGGUGCUGUACUAUGCUGAUGCCCUGACGGAAAUAGCUUUCGUGGUUCCUUCUCCUGUGGAGUCCUUAACUGAUUCUUUGGAAAGUAAUAUCUCAGACCAAGAUAGUGACUCAAAUAUGGAUCUCAUGCCUGGAAUUCUGAAGCAGCCACCCCUGACACUUGAGCUGGUCCCCAACCACACAGACAGUCUUAAUUCCUCACAGAGGCUCAGUCCCAGUUCCAGAAUGAAGAAGCUGCCUCAGGGUCGUCCUGUGCCUCCCCUUGGACCUGAGACAAGAGUGUCUGUAGUCUGGGUGGAACGCUAUGAUGAUAUAGAAAACUUUCCCCUCUCAGAUCUGAUGACAGAGAUCAGCACUGGUGUGGAGACCACUGCAAAUAGCAGCACUUCUCUGAGAUCUACAACUCUUGAAAAAGAAGUCCCAGUAAUCUUCAUCCACCCUUUAAACACUGGAUUGUUCCGGAUAAAAAUCCAAGGAGCCACUGGAAAAUUUAACAUGGUCAUCCCCCUUGUUGAUGGGAUGAUAGUCAGCCGGCGAGCACUUGGCUUUCUGGUGCGGCAGACUGUAAUAAACAUUUGUAGAAGAAAGAGACUGGAGAGUGAUUCCUACAGUCCACCACAUGUGCGACGGAAACAGAAAAUCACUGACAUUGUCAACAAGUACCGGAAUAAGCAGUUGGAGCCAGAGUUUUAUACGGCCCUUUUCCAGGAGGUUGGACUGAAAAACUGCAGUUCCUAGAGCACAGUUUGUCCAGGGCAGUGGACGGCAGUAUGGGCUCUGUCAUCAAAGCACGACAGUCCUGAAAAAUCACUCCCAAGAACUCACUGUUGAAUCACCAGAGGAAAUACGAUGUGAAGCUACUGGCUGGAGGAGCGCCAGCGUUCUGAUGAACGGCCCUCACACAGUCACACUCCUGCUGAAAGUGACAAGCAUUUUAGCCAUAGACUUUCUUUUAAAGUGACAGUUUUAGUAAAAUGCAAGCCUUUUGAGGAUGAAGGCUUGUAUGCAUCAGUUAAAUACACGCAUUGGUAGUGUCAACAGGCUUGCAAGUUAGAGCUGAAGAUAGUUUAUACCUCGCUUUUUAGGAGGGUGUAUUCAAAAUUAAAAUCAGUCUCAGAAUCUUCUAGAACUUUUUAAGGCUCAAGUUGACACCGUGAAGGAAAGAGGCUGCAGCUUUGUCCUCACGUUUUGAUCCAUUUCUCGCCUGUCACACCGACAGGGUAAAACAUAAAUGAGUUUUGCUCAGAUAAGUCUGACAUUAAAAUAUUUCCUAUUUUCUCUCCAUAUUUAAGCAAGUUGUCCCUCUCAUUGCCAUGGAGAUCUGUUACAUGGCUUCAGCUUCUUUGCAGACAGAUGGAAAUGGAGGCACAGCUGUGUUCUCUCAUGGCAUAGUAGUCAUGUUUGGGGUUAAAAGCUGUGAGCGAGCAGUGGUGCCUCCUUUCUCCAUUACUGUUCAGUUUGAUGGCAUGAUGAUAGGUUGACGUGGUUCCUCCAUUAAAUACCAAAAAAUGUGAGUUCACAACAGGGGCUGGAAAUUACUUGGCUUUAUCCAUCCUUUAUUUCAGGACCAAGCAGCAAGCUGCAGUAGUUGAGGGAGGGUUCUGUUCCUGGUUCAGGAGGAAGUGUCACUCACUCAGUUCUUUCAGAGAGCACCUGGUUCACAGUUCACAGAACCACUGUCCUUUCCUUAGGUGGCGCCUGCUGUUCUUCUCUGGCCUUAGCCAGCUGAAGGCACAAGUCCCUGCCGGGACUCUGGACUAUUUCUGUCACCUGACUGCGUCUCUUGUGCCAAGGACAACGCAUAGGAGGUGGCCAGAACCAAACUGUUUUAGAAGGACUCCUGUUACAGUGCUCAGUGUAUUUUUAUGUUCUUUCUCUUUCAGUAAGAUUAUUUGUCUUAGAAAACAAGAGACAUUUAUAGUCCAAAGAAGAGUCCUAGUUGAACAGGGGUGCCCCCACUGACCCUCUGUUGUCAUUACAGUCUGCAGGUCAGGGUUCCACGGUUUGGGUUGAGGUUCUCUUCUUUUCCUAGGCUAUCUGGGCAGUGUUGGACCUGCCCCCUGUGCAGGUACCUCCAUUCUAGAAGUGUGUGUUCUGCCGUCUCGGAGCAAGAACCAUGGGUGGAGCAGCCUGUGGUCUGCUUUUGCCACCACCCCCUUUUUCUCAGCUCAGGUACAGACACCCCUCGUCUUGCUUGUCCCUCGUGUCAUCCUCGAACCCCUGCUGUGAGUCCAGUUUCCACUCAAGGCACAUAGUGCUCUGUCUUUGGUUUGUUUUUAAGUCAGGCAAUAAUCUAAGGUUUCUAGGUGAUACCAUGGGGUGAGGAAUGGUAAAAAUUAGUAGUGAGUUUUGCCCUAAAAAUAUUUUAGUAACUCAGAAGAGGUGAAAUUGAACAACUUUUAAGAUGCUUCCAGAUUGACACUUUAUGGGGAAAAUGGGUUCUUGUUCUGAGGUGAAAAAAGAAUCUAUACAUACACGUGCAACUUAGAACAUUCCAGAGGCUACACAUAACUGAUAUAAAGAUGUACUUCCUUCUUGUGAUUCUUCUGAAAAACUUUUACUUUGGAUAUUGUUUAAAUGAUACUAGAACGGAUAAUGUAUGGGAUAUAUGUGUUGGGGGUGAGCUUACUGGCCCUUCCCCUUCAGUUGGUUCUAAUUUCUAACUCUUUGUAAUUCUGAUGACUUUGGUAAGAGAACAACCAUGGCAGAUGCAGUUUGAAAUCUGGGGUACGUGGUGGUUCCCCAAGGAAGGAGGGCUACACACCCCUAAGGCAGAGAAGUCCUAGUGUGCACAACCAUCAGAACUUGGGAUGCACCCCCUCACUGGUUCCCUCUGUUCCACACACCAUUUGCUCACUGAGGUAAGAGCCUUGGGCCUCAGAGUAUGGUUUGGAAUCCUGCCCGCUGAGUUCACCCUCCUGCCUGCGCUAAGAUCACUUUGAACAGAAUCUUGUCAGAGGAACAUAUAUUUGGUUCCUACAAUAGUCUUAGUCGUUCACUUGAUACAUUUGCUACAUAGGUUCAGACACUUGGGGAAACACUGGAAUCAAAAUGGACUGUGGCUUAACUGUUCAGUUGCCAUACUUGGAAGCAAUCUCAAAGAGGAAAACAUUUCUUAAGGUUGUUUGGGCUGGUGGCCCCUCCUGUUUACUUCUGAAGCUGGGGAUGGGAAGAGGGUUGCUCCUUUGACUGGGAGACGAGAAACAGGACUCUUAGCCUCUUUGAACCUGGCAGCCACCUUUCUCAUUUGUCUAGAGUUUCCUCUUAAGACCUGGGCUUUGGCCCCUUGAAAAGAAUCAUUACAGGAGCAGGGCAGCGCCUCCCCCAGCUAUACAGAUGCAUGUGCCAUGCACAUGUGUAUAUGAGCAUCUCCCUCUUCUAGCUCCCCGAUUUUAGGGUAACUCCAUCUCUGGGCUUACCUAUAAAAAUACCUACACUUUUGGCUGGCCCUGUUGGUGUCUGGCUCACAGGUAGUAGGACAGCCCGGAAGAAUGGCUUCCUGUCUGAGCUAGGGAAGAAUCAGGUUCUGCAGACUGACCUCUACAAUGAUGAGUUUUCCAGGAGUGUUCCUAUUGAAAAGUGGAACAACCUCCCCAUCACCCCCCCCCCCCCCCAACACACACACACCAUCAGCCUUGGGCAGAGCUGGGUAGAUGGAGACUACUGUCUUGGAGGUCAUUUGACACUCUCCUGGCAACAGUUGUCCCUUAUUAUUAAAAGCCUGUUCAGGCCGGAACUUCUGUGUUAACAGUGACCAUUGGCAUCCACUGGUCUGUUCCCAGCACUCCCUGACAUCCCCUCUUCCCGAGGAGUCCACCAGGACAGUGGAGUCACUGGUCUCGCUGCUGGCAGAGCCAUGCACUGUGUAGGGUUUUCUCAGAAUAGCCACCCUUGUUCUUCAGACAAGUUUGUUAGUGAUGAGGGAAAAUGUGUCAUUUGGGAUUCCACAGUGCCUUGCAUACAGUAGGCGCCCAAUACCUAUUUGUUGAAGCAAAUCAAGUUCUUUGUCCCCACAAUGACCAAGGCAUCUUCCUCUGAAGGGCUUGGCAACUGUGGCUAAAAAUUAAAUAUCAUUAUUUGCUCGAAACCAUAUUUACAAUUUGUAUGAAUUUCGGUAUAUUGCCAAGAUGGGAUCUUUUUCCUAUUGUAUUUUCUGUAAAUAUUUCUGCCACUGAUCUGUAAAGUAAAGGAGAUGUAAAUAUGAAA